AUGGAAAAUUCAUUUACGAUAACUGAUUUAACAUUAAGCGAGAUGAGUAAUACAACAUGGGCAACUGAAUACGGAGAUAAUCUGAAGGAAUCUGUUUCGUCAAAUCUAUCACAAAUCAUUGCAUAUAAAAAUAUCAUCGAAGCUUCCGAGAACAUCAAUGUUGCGAUGAUUUUCGCCUUUACAUUUUAUGCUACUGGAACACUUUCGCCAAAUGAUUAUCGUGAAUUUAUUCGAACAAUUUCAAUAUCACAAGAGCAUCUCUUGUCGGCGAAACACUUCCUACAACGCGAUUUAUUUUCUGAGAGUAUCGAAAAUGAAUUAGCACAAUGGUAUUCAGAAUAUUCAACUUUCGUUAUGAAAACAGUUUUCAAAGGAAAAUAUUUCGAAAACAGGCACGAACAUGUCAUUGUUGACCAAAUGAGCAACAAAAGUCAAGAUCAAGGCAACGAUAGAAAAUAUAUGAAGUUCAUGGAAGAAAUUAUUCUACCGAAACUUGAAGAUUGUAAGAUGAUGAUAAGAGAAGAUAUCAGUUCUAAUCUAGAGAAGGACAUGAUGAAAGCUAAAUUUUUGGAAACAACGUCACUUGUGUUGCUUCUGCUUGUGGCAUGCAUUUCACCUUUGAUCAUGUUUCUAGUCAAAAGAGCUACAGACAUAAUUCAGACCUAUUCACACAUUCUGGUGGAGAAGACGAAUCAAUUACGAAUCGAGAAGAAUAAGUCAGACAAAUUGCUACGCCAAAUGCUUCCAAAAACAGUCAUUCAACAGCUAAAACAACAACGACAGGUGAUUGCUGAAAGCUUCGAUUGUGUCACAAUUUUCUUCUCCGACAUUGUAGGAUUUACAAACAUUUCAUCAAAUUCAUCUCCAAUGGAAGUUGUAACAUUACUCAAUACACUUUAUCGCUUAUUUGACUUAAGAAUUCAGAAGUUUCCAAACGUUUAUAAGGUUGAAACAAUAGGAGAUGCUUAUAUGGUAGUGUCAGGUUUACCAAAUAUUCUACCAGGAUCAAAACAUGCAUCAGAAAUUGCAUUCAUGUCUUUAGACCUGUUGAUUGGAGUUUCAACAUUUUUUAUUCCACAUCGUCCUCAUGAAAAUAUAAAAAUUAGAAUUGGAAUAAAUUCAGGAAGCUGCGUUGCAGGUGUUGUUGGAACGAGUAUGCCUCGUUACUGUUUGUUUGGUAUGCUAAUAAUGUCAAUUGUAUUCAAAAAAUACUUGAUUGUGCUUGAGAAUUUCAGGCGACACCAUCAAUGUUGCUUCACGGAUGGAAAGCACUGGAGAAGAUAUUUAUCAUCGGAUAUCAACUAUUAA